UGAAAAGGGAAAUGAAUGAAUGUCUUUGUCUCUGUGUGUCUCCUCUCAGUGCGAUAUCUGCUGAAGAACAACUUGAGUCCUGAUCUGUGUAACGAAGACGGACUGACCGCCCUGCACCAGAGUUGUAUUGAUAACUACGAGGAUAUGGUGCGGAUCCUGCUGAAUCACGGAGCCACGGUCAACGCUCAGGACAAUGAGCUCUGGACACCACUCCAUGCUGCAGCCACGUGUGGACACACAGGCCUCGUCAAGAUCCUCAUCCAGCACGGCGCUGAUCUCUUAGCAGUGAACUCAGAUGGUAACAUGCCCUAUGACCUCUGUGAGGACGACCCCACGCUCGACAUCAUCGAGACCGCCAUGGCCAACCGAGGCAUCACGCAAGAAAUGAUCAAUGAGACGAGAGCAGCGGUGGAGAGGAGGAUGCUGGGAGAUGUUCAGAACCUUCUGCAGGAUGGAGCCGACGUCAAUCAACAUGACUCCCAGGGGGCCACGCUGCUGCACAUCGCAGCGGCGAACGGUUAUGCACAGGCUGCAGAGAUGCUGAUGGAGGGAGGAGCUAGAACAGACAUGAAGGAUUCUGAUGGGUGGACGCCGUUACACGCCGCGGCAUGCUGGGGGCAGGUUCAUGUGGCCGAGCUGCUGGUUUCUCAUGGAGCCAGUCUAAACGCCAAGACGUACAUGGAGGAGACACCCAUAGAUCUGUGUGAGGAUGAGGAGUUCAGAAAUCAUCUGCUGGAGUUGAAGCACAAACACGAAAUCAUCAUGAAAUCACAGCUGAAGCACAAGACAUCACUGUGCCGCCGGACCAGCAGCACAGGCAGCCGCGGGAAAGUGGUGCGCAGGGCAAGUCUGUCCGACAGACACAAUCUCUGCAGGAAGGAGUAUCAGACCGAAGCCAUCGUGUGGAGAGGAGGACGAGAGGAAGAGGAGCGAGAGUCUGAGCAGGAGAACAUCAGCUCGACGCAGCCGGGCGACGUUCCUCGAGCGCUGGGGAUCCUGAAGGAAGGCGGCCGACAGAACGGCUGUAUCUCCAGCACUCCAGCGUCGCCUGUGUCUAACGGUGACCCCGUGACCCCUGACCCCUGUGACCCCGACCCUCCUCCCUCCUCCGAGGAGCCCAAGCCCAAAGCGCAGACACUGUCCGAACUCAAGAAGCAGCGCUCCGCCGCCAAACUCCUCACACAGCCCGUGCUCAACGGACACCUGGGAAACGGCUCGACCAAUCCCCGUCCAGAAGAUCCACGCAUGCCUCAGGUCUCGUCCAAUGGCAGCGCGGUCUACUUCACGCCGGCCAGCGGAGACCCGCCCCUGCUGAGGUUCAAGCAGCCAAUAGAAGACGAGGAUCCCAAGAGUGACAGCUGCUGCUGCGUCUCUUAAGGCACUUUCACACACCGUUCCAGGAACUUAAAGAACAAGUUCACUUUCCUGAUCAUUCACUCGGCCCCAAGUGUUUGGGAUGAACCCUGAGGGGGAACGGGAAACAGGAACUUCUCAGAGCGGAAGGAAGUGAUCUCAUUCAGGCUUCCCAGGUUAAAUGUGUGACUUGUGCUUCUCUGUUUCACUUCCAGCGUGUGAUGUGUGAUCGUGUACAGCUGUCGCUCUCCUGUACAGUAUUUAUUUGUAUAUGUGCAUAGAGCCACUCUUCUAUAAGAUUAUUUAUUGUAUUCCAGAGAGAUGAGGAGACGGACGGACGGAGCAGUAUUUUUCUAUCACAGUGUUAUAAAGACCAGAUGAACUCACAUUUCACACUCACAUCACAAGAACAUUAUUGCAUGUGAUAUUUUUUGCAUCGUGACAUUAUUUUCACAAUGGUUUAACAAAAAAAAAAGAAAAACCAGGAAAAUGGACUCAUUUAAUUUAAAUCAGCACCGCAGUAAAAUACUAACAUGAUGCAUGAAUGCUAAAUCAUUUAAACCUCAAAGUAAAUGUAUCAUUAUUUUUUCUAUUAUAGUAAUUUUACAGGCAUUUUAAGUCAGAUUUUAUGAAAAUGUCACGGUGAAAAAAAAAUAAAAUAAUUUGUGACCCUGAAACACAAAAGCUGUCAUAAAUACAUUUCUCUUUUAUGCCAAAAAUCAUUCGGAUAUUAAGUAAAGAUCAUGUUCCAUCAAGAUAUUAGUAAAUUUCCUAUCAUAAAUGUAUCAAAACUUAAUGUUUGAUUAGUAAUAUUCAUUGCUAAGAACUUCAUUUGAACAACUUUAAAGAUGAUUUUCUCAAUAUUUAGAUGUUUUUGCUCCCUCAGAUUCCUGAUUUAUAAUAGUUGUAUCUCAGACAGAUAUUGUCCUCCGAACAAACCACACAUCACUGGAGAGAUCAUUUAUUCAGCUUCAGAUGAUGCAUUCAUCUCAAUUUAAAAAAAAACGAUCCUUGACUGGUUUUAUGCUCCGGGGUCACAUAUUUUUGUUCUUUUGAUGUGAAAUAUGACCUUAAUGUGUUAAUAUGAAGGAAGAGUUGAUCAGAACCCUUCAUAUACUGCUCUCUAUGAAGGGUUAAUCUAUGUCGUUGGAUUCGCUCGAUUGUGACGCUCUGCUCUCGGUGCCAAAGUCUUCCAGAGUGAUGGACGUCAGAAGCAGCCAAUGAGGUUUCAGCGCCACUCCUGUAGCCCCGCCCACUCCUCAACACUCACUGCAUUCAGAGGCGGGAAAGAAUUUAAAAUAUGCCUGGAAUGCGUUUCCUUCAGACGAUGGGAAGUGAUUACAGAACAGAUCGUACAGUGUUAUGUAAAAACUGAAAUACGAAUAGAGUUCACAUUCGUUCGGCUGUCAUUUCUACUGAGGAGCAUGAAGGCUGAAGAGCAUCACAACUACUGAUUUUGUAAUUUACUGGAAGCUACUGAUCGCUGUAUUAACAUGUUUUCAAUAAAUUGUAUAUUUUGAUCA